AUGCACUUCGUCUCCCUCGUCCUCGCUCUCGGAACAUGUGCCUCCUCGGCCGUGGCCUGGAAUUUGACCGCUUACAGCGACGAUAAGUGCACCGCGGCAACGGGGUGGUCCCUCUCAGAGACCAGCUCGAUCGGGUGUGUUGGGCUUUCAGAGAAGGUCGGGUCGAUUCUCGUUGAGAAUAUGCCCGACAACCUGCACUUUAUGGGCUCAAGCGGGUACUCUUGCGACACGUUCCAUCAGUUUGGUGGGAAUGGCUGCUACACUCAGGGCCAGGGUUUCCAAUCUGUCGAGGUGUAUCCCUAG